AUGAUAUCACACACUUCAGCAAAUCUCAUCGUUGCACAUCUGUUUGGCGUAGAUGCUAUGCUCGUCAAUGCUCUACUUUGGUUAUUUCUACUCAUGAUAGUUCGUGGGGGAUUGUGCACUCGAUUUUGCUGGGAAUCGCGCAAGAUUCUUCUGAGAUCAGGUUCGUCCUCUGAAGCCAACCCUACUUGGAAAUGCUGUGAGUUGGCGGUAAGUGCCUUUGACUGA